AGUGCAUGACAGUGGGGCCUUUGGCUCUUCUGCGUUGCUGUUGAAGCCCCCGUGCCUCGAGCAGGGACCGGGGGUGCAGUCAGCACUCUGCGUAUUCGCCGGGGGAGUGAAUGCUCACUGCUCUUUCCAAAACCAACCAGAUUCUCUUGGCAGCCAGGUGGAUAUGUGCCCUGUCCGCCAGCUGCUUCCCCGUCAUGUUGUGCUGCGUGAGGCUUUUUAGCUAGACUUUAUGGCCUUGCUCCCUCACUUCUCCCCCAUGCUUCUACUUCCGCUGUCAUUAAACCCGGCUGCUGCUUGGAGGCUGUUAAGGUGUCCUGUUACCCACCCGUUCUCCACAUCGAGGCAAGAGAGUCGAGUGAGAGCAAGAGUGGCUUUGGUGUUGAUGGCUCGUCUGUUUCUACAAGCCUCUCUCAUCCUGCCUGCGGACGAAAAGUCAGCUGAAGUUCGGGAUCUGAGCUGCGUGAGAACGUUUCAUAGCCAGAACUGCCGUACCUUAUCCGUGGCUUUUCAUUUCAAGUCUGUUGUCCAUUCGUACGAGUUGUGAAUCAUGGCUGCUUCUUUCUGUUAAACAACAAGGAGAAUGACUCUGCCUUCUCUGAUUUUUUACCUAGUUCAUAGUCCUCUUUCUUACUUUAUCCCCCGAGAUCAUCCUGUAUUUGUUUUUGUGUUUUAGGAAAUGCCCUAACGGAUUGGCUCCUUAAAGAUGUUUAUACACAUUUUGAACUUGCCAUUUAAAAUUUUGUCUUUUCUCAGUGCAGGCUCUUCAGCAAAAGCCCUUGUCAGUUUAAAAGAGGGAAGCUUAUCUAACACACGGAAUGAAAAGUACAGCUCUUUACAAAAAACACCUGUUUGGAAAGGCAGGAACACGGGGUCUACUGUGGAAAUGCCUUUCAGAAACUCAAAGCGAAGUCGACUCUUUUCUGACGAAGACGACAGACAAAUAAAUACCAGGUCCCCUAAAAGAAACCAGAGAGUGGCGAUGGUCCCGCAGAAAUUUACAGCAACAAUGUCAACACCAGAUAAGAAAGCCUCACAGAAGAUUGGUUUUCGAUUACGUAACCUACUCAAGCUUCCCAAAGCACAUAAAUGGUGCAUAUAUGAAUGGUUCUACUCAAAUAUAGAUAAACCACUUUUUGAAGGCGAUAAUGACUUCUGUGUAUGUCUGAAGGAAUCUUUUCCCAAUCUAAAAACAAGAAAGUUAACAAGAGUAGAAUGGGGAAAAAUCAGGCGGCUUAUGGGAAAACCACGGAGAUGUUCUUCUGCAUUUUUUGAGGAAGAGAGAUCAGCAUUAAAACAGAAACGGCAGAAAAUAAGACUCUUACAACAAAGGAAAGUUGCAGACGUUUCCCAGUUCAAAGACCUCCCAGACGAAAUCCCUUUGCCCCUGGUUAUCGGAACCAAAGUUACAGCACGAUUACGUGGUGUUCAUGAUGGUCUCUUCACCGGACAAAUAGAUGCCGUGGAUACUUUUAAUGCCACUUAUCGAGUCACUUUUGAUAGGGCAGGGCUCGGGACCCACACCGUCCCUGACUACGAAGUCCUGAGUAAUGAGCCCCACGAGACGAUGCCAAUUGCUGCCUUUGGACAAAAACAGCGGCCUUCUCGGUUUUUUAUGACGCCACCACGGUUACAUUAUACUCCUCCUCUCCAGUCACCGAUUACGGAUAAUGACCCUUUACUAGGACAGUCACCGUGGAGAAGUAAAAUUUCUGGCUCUGACACUGAGACGUUAGGCGGUUUCCCCGUGGAGUUCCUGAUCCAAGUGACCAAAUUAUCAAAAAUCCUCAUGAUUAAAAAGGAACAUAUCAAAAAAUUAAGGGAAAUGAACACCGAAGCAGAAAAAUUGAAGUCCUACUCCAUGCCCAUCGGCAUCGAGUUUCAGCGGCGGUACGCGACCAUCGUCCUGGAGCUCGAGCAGCUGAACAAGGACCUCAACAAAGUCUUGCACAAAGUCCAGCAGUACUGCUAUGAGCUCGCUCCGGACCAGGGCCUCCAGCCCGCAGAUCAGCCAACAGACAUGCGGCGAAGGUGCGAGGAGGAAGCCCAGGAGAUCGUGCGGCACGCCAACUCCGCCACCGGACAGCCCUGUGUCGAAAACGAAAACCUGACGGACUUGAUCUCCAGGCUGACGGCUAUCUUAUUACAAAUUAAGUGUCUAGCAGAAGGAGGAGACCUGAACUCCUUUGAAUUCAAAUCACUCACAGAUUCACUAAAUGACAUUAAGAGGACAAUAGAUGCUUCUAAUAUCAGCUGCUUCCAGAACAACGUGGAGAUCCACGUCGCGCACAUCCAGAGCGGCCUCAGCCAGAUGGGGAACCUGCACGCCUUCGCCGCCAAUGACACCAACAGGGACUGAGCGGAAGACAUCGCGGCUCCGGCCGCGGGGGUCCCGCUUCGGAGUGUUCCCGCGCCCCCCCCCCCUCCCCGGGCUCCCAACCCCGAGUUACGGGUCCCGGAACGCGGGGGAGGCCGAAGCUCCGAACGAGGCACUUGAGGACACUGGGCCGCCUGGCCCCGCGCCGCUGACCAGCUUCGUGCUUGUUUUCCUCUUACCGUCCGGCUGCGGCAGCAUCGCUUACGGCACCUGCUCGGGGGCGGGUAUCUUUCGGCUGAAAACGUCCGAACGCUUUUUUUUAACGCGCAUGAACUCAGCCCGACACACGCAGGCGGCGCCCGCAGCGGAGAGCGCGAGACGUGGCCUUGGGGCGGGUGGCCCGGGGCCGUGUGGCGGCGCCAGCCAGCCAGCGGGGAAGCGACAGCCCGGGCUCCCCCAGCCGCGUACCCUUCGGUCGGUCGUUGCCGGAGCGCGCCCUCGAGGCGCGGAGGCCCGGUCUGCAGGAAGCCGCCGGAGCACGGGUGGGAGACGCGGGCCCCACCAGCAGACGUGAUGGACGGAGCGCGACCUGGGCCUGCACGUCAUUUUCUAGUAAUAGAUGUUUUAAUUUAUCAUAAUUUAUAAAGAAACCUCUGUUGUUCGUCGAAAGAAAAUGAAGGAGCAGGAAACGAAAGUACUCGCAAAAUGGCUACAUUUCGGCAAGUGGAUUUGGUAGGCCUUUUCCCGUCACGUCAGGGCAAAAAGUGCCGUGAUGAAACGUAUUUAAGAAGACUGACGACACACUAUUUUCGUAUGUUGUUUAUUUGCACAACUCGAACCAGAUUACUGGUUAAAAUCCAACCGUACACAAUUUAUAAAGUCAAAAGAUUUUAUAAGGAAAACGAAUAUAAUAACCAGUGCAACGAAAUGCAGAAAAAAAAAAAAGGUUUGUAUGCGGUCGUGGGGUUUUUUUGGUUGUUUUUUGUUGUUUUUAAAGGAAAACCCUGCCUACGAUGUUAGUCUUGUACAAAGUGUGUAUUUGGAAUUUUCUUUGUUUUAAUAUAGAAUAUUAUAAAGUCAAAAUAUAAUAAAAUUGUUUUCAGAUUUGGAGUUUCGGGUAUAGCUGUAGAGGUGACUUUGAUUCUUUUAGCUGGCCCAUAAAAUGGGACUUUUUAUAUGUUGAUGUAUAAUAAAACUGAAACAAGAUUAUUUUCCAUUUGAAAGUUUUGUAUAGUUUAAAAAUGCUUCCCUAUUCUUUGUUGGUCUUGUGCCACUGCAGACCUUUAGCGCAGAGUUUAUAUUUAGCCAAACAGUUAUGUUAAUUAAGAAAUGCAUAAAUCCUUUAUUCUUAAUAUUUGUAAUUCUAAAUAAAUUGAUCUAUGAAAAGGA